AUGGCUGUCAACUACAACAACCAAAACAACAGGCCUUGCAAAUGGCAUGAUCUUGAAACUUGCCGAAACGUUUUCUUGGGCCCCAAUGAAGGUCCAGUGCAUGCGGAGGUUGUGCGAUCAGCACGGCAAAGGGGAUUUCAAUCCAGCCCGCCCGAUCUCUACAUCGCUGUAGGGGGGCAAAUGGAGAAGAUUCAUCGUACCCAGCUGAUGCUGGAGUCUCCUGACCUUCAGAAAUUUUAUACUAAGCAUGCCGACUGGCAUACCAUUAGGCUUAAAGACCCAGUCGAUCCUUGUCACCUGUCAAAAAUUGCUAACUACCUCUACGCUAAAGAUUAUGCUGUUUUUCCCACUGAUAUUUUUGCCAUUCCAACUGGUUUCAAGGGCCGUGAGACUAACUGCCGCAGAUGCGAUGAGUUCCUCCGCUUGCUGAACUUUCAUUUCUCUCUUUUUCAAGCAGCCCGGUACAUGCACAUUGAGGGUCUAGAACUCCUUGCCAUUAAGAAAUUGAAUGGUGUUCUCGAGGUAUCGCCAUUAGCUGUUCUUCGUCGGGCAAUAGAUCUGGUGUAUGGCUAUAAGCCCUUUGUUCAUCCUGGUCGGAAUGAUGUGUAUGGAAUCGCUCAUUUUAUUGAUUAUCGGGAACACUUUGUACUUCCUGCUGUGAUGUAUUUUAUGAGACGAGAAUGGGCUGAACUUGAGUCUGCUAAUCCUUUGAGUUUUUUGAGGAAGGAUUUGCCUGGUUUUGUUGAUCCGAUUAGGUCGUUUGAGGAUCUGAUUAGGAUGUAUCCUGAUUUUGGGCAUCAUGUGACGCUAUGGUCGGUUGUGGGUCAAUAUUUACCUUUCAUGGGGCUUUGUAAUUUGAAAUAG